AUGCCUGGGGCAUGCAACGACCUGAACGUCUUGGCAAAGUCUCCGUUGUUUGAUGAGCUUACUGCUGGUAGAGCACCUCUGAUCCAAUUCCAAGUUAACAAUAGAGCUCACAGUCUAUGGUACUAUCUCGCCGACGGUACUUAUCCUCGAUGGGCGACUUUCUUGAAAACUGUUCGAAAUCCUACAUGCCCCAAGGAAAUCGAGUUUGCAAAGGCUCAAGAGGGGUAUAGGAAGGGUGUAGAAAGAUGUUUUGGUAUAUUACAGUCACGGUUUGGUAUUGUUAUAGGAGCUGCUCGUGGGUGGCAUAAAGAGGACAUUCGAUACAUUAUGUUGACGUGUAUUAUAUUACACAACAUAAUUGUCGAAAAUGAACGACCUGAAGACAGCGAUGAUAAGUUGGAGUCCGAUGAUGAGUAG